GUGAUGUUCUGCACCCUCAACACGCACAAGGUGGACAUGGAGAAGCUGUUGGGUGGCCAGAUCGGCCUGGAGGACUUCAUCUUCGCCCACACCAAGGGCCAGCGCAAGGAGGUCGAGGUCUUCAAGUCGGAGGAGGCCUUGGGCCUCACCAUCACUGACAACGGCGCCGGCUACGCCUUCAUCAAGCGGAUCCGGGAGGGCAGCGUCAUCGACCGGAUCCCGGUGAUCAGCGUGGGGGACAUGAUCGAGGCCAUCGACGGGCAGAGCCUGGUGGGCGCCCGUCACUACGAGGUGGCCAAGAUGCUGAAGGAGCUGCCCCGGGGACGCACCUUCGCCCUCCAGCUCACCGAGCCCCGCAAGGCCUUUGCUGCCACCAUGGUGGAGCUGGGCCGGGACGCCCGGGACCCCGACGCGCUGGCCCAGGCCCUCGACUCCCAGCUUGGGGACUUCGCUUUCCCCGAUGAAUUUGUCUUCGACGUCUGGGGGGCCAUCGGCGACGCCAAGGUGGGGCGCUGCUAG